GUAUUUAUGAUCCCCAUUGACCUGUUUUCUUGGACUUCCUCCAUUUAAGCUCAGUUCCAGAUCGGAGCAGCUUCACUUGAGCUUCAGCCAUGGAGGAAAAGACGGUGCUCAUGGUGUUGAAAGUUGACCUCCAAUGCGAUCGUUGUUUCAAGAAAGUCAAGAAAGUUCUUGCCAAAUUUCCUCAAAUUCGAGACCAGGCUUAUAAUGAGAAGCAAGGAAUCGUGUUGAUCAAAGUUGUGUGCUGUAAGCCUGAAAUGAUUAUGAACAAAAUUUGCUGCAAAGGGAAUGGAUCCAUUAAGAGCAUCGAGAUCAAACAGCCGGAAAAGAAGAAAGAAGGGGAAAAGCCAAAAGUGGUGGCGCAACCGGUUCAAGGCUAUUCGCCGCCGCCCUACUCUGUUUACUGCUGUUCUUGUUACGAGGGUCGGCCCUGUUACCGAUGCCACGUCUACGGGAUUCCGGCGGCGGGUACUGUCAUACCGGUUUAUGACAGCUACGGCGGUGGGUACGGUGGAAGUGGGUACUGUCAUACAGGGUGCUCUGUCAUGUGAAUCCAAUCUGCUAUGAGACCCAUGUUCGUCCGGAGGGUAAAUUAUGAACAAUCUUGAAAAAUUGUGCCCUUUUUGUUUUUUUUGUAUUGAAACUAGAUUGGUUUCUUUUAAGAAAAUAAAGAAAACGAACAAUGUUGGGUCGCGA